AAGAACGAGGAAACAGCACCAGAGAAGAGACAUCUCCGCGUAGUUUCUAAUCUGAUCGGUCGGGUUCUGCGGGAUUGGUCGGUCUGAGAGCUGAUGAUGGUGGAGAACUCUCCGUCUCCUCUGCCAGAGAGAGCGAUCUACGGCUUCGUGCUGUUCCUGGGCUCGCAGCUCGGCUUCUUUCUGUAUGUGGUCUGGGCUUUUGUUCCUGACGCUUGGCUUCACUCGGCCGGACUGACCUACUGGCCUCAGAAAUACUGGGCUCUGGCGGCACCCAUCUACCUGCUGGUGUCUUUAAGCACCUGUGUAGUGCUGCUGUUCGGGGUGAACAUGAUGAACACGGCUCCGCUCGCAUCCGUCCACAACAUCACCGAUCACUACGCCAAGAGUCAGCGUGCGGACGCGGAUCAGGAGGGAGUGAUUCCCAGACUCCGAGACGUUCCCAUCAGCGAAAUAAACCGCGUCUUUUACCUGGAUCCUCGCGCGCAGUGAUGCGAGGCGUUUGCUCAGGGUUUAGACGGUCAGAUCCAUCAGCCGCGUGACAGGCCUGAGAUCUGACUGUCAGGUGACCCGCUGACCCUCGGACAGAGCUGGGCUGCAUCGUAAGCUACAUCGUAGACCCAUUGAAACCAAUGAAGCUAUGAUCAACUUAGCUUUCCGAUGUUUUUGGGAAACGCAGCCCUGAGGGACUCUAAACAUUGAGCUUUUGCGUCUCUCUCAAACACUGGACUGCUGAUGGUUUGGGGUCAGACCGUGACCUCUGUGACCUCAGACUAAAGUGAAACGGUCAGCUCACUAUCUGCAUCAUCUGCGGUGGGUUCGUGUUCCUGCGCGUCUCCUCCUGCAGACACUGGCCUCGUGAGCAAACAGACCGGUGUCGGGUGGCCAGUCACUGUUUGACCUGUGACCCCACGACCCCGCCGCUGACACACUGCUGUUUGCUGCUUCUUCUCAUGGUUGUUUAAUGAAUACAAUGACUUUUAUUAUACUGCAAAAACAAUUAUAUGAUGAAUAAGUCAUGACAACAUAUAUUCGUUAUCAAAAUUUUUUAAAAAAGCACUUUUUUUAAAAACUCAGUUUAAUAUAAUUUAGGUUGUACAGCCAGUUUGAUUCAACUUUAACAUUUCUGGCAGCUCCUGACUUCUACGCAGUCUAUUAUUGGAGUGUUUCUUUGCGUUAUUCGAACACUGUUUUGUUAUCAAUCAUCCAGCGAGUUUAUAUGCCGUUAUAUUUGAAGUGCUAUCUAAAAUUUUCACCUAAAAUCAGCUUUUUUUUUUUUUUAAUCAGGCUCCUGUGUUUAGGUUCAGUAAUUUAACUCUAAUGGCAAUGUAUAGGUCCUUUUCUAUGCAAUUAAAGUGAAAACAUAAAAAUGCUCAUUUUAGAAGAACAUUUCAGACGGCACGAAGAGGCUUCUGCAUCUGAACUCUUCGAUUAUUAAUAAAUGGAGGAUGCUAACGCA